GAAGAGCCCAGAGGCCCCUUGUUUGGGGCCCGUUAUUUUCCAGUCAGUCACAUGCAGGGCCUGGCCAUGAAGGGUCUCAUGCUGGCCGUCCUUGUCUGGACUCUGAUAUCUCCCAGCAGCGGCAGCAAGGCCUGGCCCACGCACACGGUCUGCCGGGAUGGGAACCUGGAAGUGCUCUACCAGAGUUGUGAUCCAUUACAAGAUUUUGGCUUUUCUGUUGACCAGUGUUCUAAACAUUUAAAGUCAAAUCUCAACAUUAGAUUUGGAAUGAUUCUGAGAGAGGACAUCAAAGAGCUGUUUCUUGACAUAGCUCUCUUCACUAAAGGAUCGUCCAUUUUGAAUUUCUCCUAUCCCAUCUGUGAGGAGGAUCUACCCAAGUUUUCUUUCUGUGGAAGAAGGAAAGGGGAGCUGAUUUACUUUGCUGGCCCCAUCAAUAAUCCCGGAUUUGAAAUUCUCCCGGGAGAAUACCAGGUUUUGCUGGAACUGUAUAAUGGAGACGGUUCCACCGUGGCCUGCGCCAAUGCCACCGUCAUUUCUUCCUGAGCAGCUGAAACUUGGGGCAUGGUGUGUCUGCUGGGAACGGCAAGCCACUGAAGUUGAACCUGUUCUGUAAGAAAAACCAGUCGAUGACGGAGAGGCAGGCACAGGUUCUAGCCCCCGGACCGGACGUCCUCAGACUCCACGUGCCUACAUGCUUCUAGGUCACCUCCUGGUAGUCACGAUGUCAUCCUGUGGGCCUGCCCUCCUCCCCGGGGCCAAACUCACCUGCUUCUCAGCUCCUCAGGAGUAUUUCCCCUGUGACCACAAAUAAAGAAAGCUGGUCCACAGUG